AUGUCACCAGUUUCAACAACAUCUUCAUCAUCCCUUUCUUCAUCUUCUUCAUCAAACAAUAAUCAUAUGAUGUUGGGUGUUGGGGGAGGAGGAGUAGCACCCAAUUAUGAACCAGACCCAUCGAUAUUUCAAUUCCUUCAAAUGACCAUCCAAAUGAUAUACAAAACGAGGUCAUCAAUGUACAAUCAAACCUAUUAUAAUCACAAUCAUGUGAUACCUCCUCCUCCUCCUCUUGUAGUAGAUAUUCAAUCUUUAAUCAUGUCAAGUGAUAAUCCUUCUUCUAUCAAAUUAUCAUUAGAUGAUUUAGGUCAAUAUGCAAACAAAGAUAUACAUAUUGAUUAUGAUGAAAUCAAUGAAAUUAAUCGUGAUUUAUAUAUAUGGUGUGAUCAUUUGGAUUCUACACCAUUAAAAUUGGAUAUCUAUUCAUGUACUAAACAACAACAAAAAGACAAUAACAAUUUAGAUUAUAAUCAUUCACUUUUGGAACGUUGGAUAUUUACAUUCAAAGCAAAUCCAAAUUAUAAUAGCAACUUGAUGAAAUCACCAAAUGAAUUGACCAUUUCCGAUGAAUUGACAAAUAUAAUGACACCGUUGGGAGAAAUUAAUUUAUCAUCUCCAACCAAAUCAAUCAACAACAACAACAACAUUUCAUCAAAUGGCAACCAUGGUUCAAUAGAUUCGACACCAUCAUCAUCGGCAUCUUUAAAAUGUCUUUAUUAUUUGUUGGCAUCUAUGCCAUUAUUUCAACAUCUAAAAAGUCUACCUAGACAAUUGACAUCUGGUCCAAAAUUAAAAUAUGGAACAUCAUCUCAAUUUCCUCCUCCUUUUAAUUUUAAUCAUCAAGAUUAUAGAAAUUUAAUUAAAAUGACCUUACCAAUCUUUGAAAGUCCUAAAGGUACUAUUUCAAUAUCUGUACAUUUUUCAAUAUCACCAAAUCUUGAAUACCUUGAUUCAAAUACUUCAUCAUUGAUUAUAUAUCCAUCAAGAUCCUAUUCAGUUUUAUCAUGUCAUUCUUUAAAUAAUAGUAAUAAUAAUAAUAAUAAUAUGACAAUUCCUACAAAUACUACUACGACUACUAUAGUAAGUCCAAUGUUAUCAUCUCAAUCAUCUUUAAAAACUCCACCAUUAGAAUCACAAAAAAUUAAAACACCUCCCAAUGGAUCGUCACCUCAUUCAACAUCGCCAUCUUCAGCACCGAUUUCAAUUCCCAAUCGAACACCAGUAGGCAAAUCACCGAGUAAACAAACGGGAUCCUAUUCAAUUAGUAAAUCCCCCUUUUCACUCACUGAAUCAUCUCCAUCUACCCCUCCUCAACUCUCACCACACCAAAGUAAAUAUGGUAGUCACCCUUUUUCACCAAACAGUCCAUCGUCGUUUAGUUUUCGAACACUUCCUUCGCCGCCUUCCUCACCAAUCCGUGUGGGACAUCGGCCACUGUUUGCUUCGAUUGACAAUGCUGGUCAGAUCUACAACUCACCCAACAGUCUGAGUGGAUUCAAUGGGCAUGGUCUUCCCAUACAGAUGAUCAAAAAGAGUAAUAGUCAAGAAUACGUUGGUAACAAUAGUUUUGGAAGUACUGGUACUAGUAGUACUGGAUUGGCAUUUGGAUCCUUUCAAGAUUCAAUACUCUCUGGUAACAUGUCCAAUACACCAUCGACCGUAUUUGAUGGGUAUCUGGCCAACCUUGGGGUGAGUGGUAAAGAUUAUCUACCACCACACAAAAAGAUUCCAUUCUCUGCCAUCUUCUAUCAUGUCGAUCAUGAUAUACCCUAUGUAGCAACCAUUGACCUUGGUCCAAAGGAUUUUAGGGUUCCUCAAAAAGGAAUUAUUCAACUCACACUUUUCAAUCCUCACAACACACCAAUCAAAACCUUUCUUGUAAAUUUCGAUUUGACCAACAUGCCUCCUGAAACUAAAACAUUUAUUAGACAAAGAAUUAUUUCAACUCCAGACACUACGACUAGUAGUUCUCCAAUUCAAACUAGUAAUGGAAAUGGUAAUCAAAAUUUAUUAAAAUAUGCAAUUCAUUUGCGAUUCACAAGUCCAAAGAGAAAGAAAUACUAUUUGUACAAGGAUAUAAGAGUAGUAUUCCCUAAUAGAUUACCAGAUGAGUUGGAUAGGUUAAAGGUUGUCUAUGAAUACCCUCCAGAUCCAACUUAUUUUUCAAUAAAUUAG